AUGGUUGAAGCAGAGGAUGUCAAACUGAGCUCGAAAAAGCGGCAGAAGUUGGCAAAGAAAAAGAUAGAACGCUAUCGCAAGCAGGCUGAAAUGCGUCGAAUGAAGUCUGCUGCAGGCGAGACUGUUGUUGCAGCUGCGGCCGCUCAAGGCGCUGUGGAUGUCCCGCUCGUGAGCAUGCAAGCUCCUGGAUCGACGUUGGCGAGCGAUGCCACUGCGGUUGUCCCCUCGCAGGAGGCACUCCUUGCGGAUGCUCUGACAUUUCCUAGCGGCGGAGUGACAAUCGAGCGGUUUGACGACGAUGAGCUGGUGGCGCAGCGGCGCAGCGCCGACGACGCGUGGGACAUUGGUCUGCGCUUUGACUGGACUCUCAAAACCUUGGCGAUUGGCUCGAUGCCGAUGUUCAGUUUCACCGACCCACGGCGGCUGCAUCCCUUCGUGCAGCGGUACCAGUCGCGGCCGGUGUGGUUCCUCGAGGAGGUGAACGGCGUCAAGGCGAAUAACAUCCGUGAGGUUAUGGAGGUCCUCAAGAAGAGCCUCAAAGCCCGCUUUGUGUUCCGAAAGUGA